AAAAAAAAAAAAAAUAAUACAUAUAAAUAAAAAAUUGUUACAUUAGAGUUAACAUAUGUGGUCACAGAAAGUACAAUAUUGUCAGCCGCCUUUUCUAGCUGUGCGCGCUCCCUGGGAGCGCGCAGCACCGCGAUCCGGUGCCUGCUGUGUCCUCUGGACACAGUAAAACACCGAUCGUCGGACGGGACCUCUGUACGAGGUCCCGAUCAUGUGAUCACUGAUUGGCCAAUCAGUGAUCACAUGCAAAGUAGUAAGCAAGAUGUCACUU